UAAUGAAAGAACUUUGUCAAAGUAAAUAUGAACAAGAAACAACAGAACAAGAAGUUCAUUUUCUUGAACAACAAAUUAUUUAUUAUAACUCACCAAGUCAAUCAUUUGAAUGUUCACCAAUAUCACAGGAUCCAUUAAUUAAUUCUAUACAAGAUGCAAAUAUUCGACAAGAAUUAUUGCAACAAUAUAAGAAAAUUGCCGAACAAUCAAGAGCAAAUAUGUUUACUCUUUAUAUGAAAACAGCUAAAGAACAACAAGAAGAAUAUAAGAAAAAACAUGAAACUGAUCUAACGAAAAUGUGGGAUGCUUAUCGUUUACCAUCUUCUAAUAAUGAAAAAAUAUCUCCAAAGAUGCUCGAUCUUAUGAAUCAAUGUUUUAUGAAAAUUAGUGAACGUAUUAAAUGUAUCUAUAAAUUUAAAGCGGACUCUAUUGGGUCAAGUUCUAAACCAUAUAAUUUGAAAUAA